AUGCCCCCCCGCCAGGACUAUGACAAGAUCGUCAAGUUGGCGUGCAAGCCCAAGAAUGCGCCGCCAAAAGCCAAGUACUUGGACGCACUCAUCGCAGCCACAUUCGACGACAAUGCCUUGAACGACAUCACGCGCGCGCUGUCAAUGCGUCUGCGCGACAACAACCCCGUGGUCGUCUUCAAGGCGCUCAUCACGCUGCACCAGAUGAUGCGCUCGGGUGCGAGCGAGCAGCUACUAGGUCACUUGGCGCGGUCGGAUACACUGCGCCUCCGCAACGUCCGGGAUAUGGGUGACGGAGCGGGCUACCACCCUCCCAGUAACCUGUCGCCAUAUGCGUACUAUCUUGACAGCCGGAUUCGCGCAUUCCGCGAUCUCCGCCACGACCUCGUCUAUCUCCAGACGGAGAGCAAUCGCCGGAGCACUGGUCUCGGCGCGAACUCAAAGGCAAGGCGGCUUCGCCACCUGCCCGUCGACCAGGGUCUGCUGCGCGAGGUCAAGCAGGUGCAACGCAUCCUGGACGCAUUAAUCCGGUGCACAUUCUAUGACGACGACCUGCGCGACGAGAACACGGUCCUGGCCUUCCGCAUGCUCAUCAAAGACCUGCUCGUGCUGUUUCAGGCAGGCAACGAGGGUGUUUGCAACAUCCUCGAGCACUACUUUGAAAUGUCCAAGGUCGACGCGACUGACUCGUUUGACAUCUACAAGUCGUUUAUCAAGCAGACGGACAAGAUUGUCGAGUACCUCGCGGUUGCAAGGCGUCUGAACAACAUUGUAAACGUGCCCGUACCCAACCUCAAGCACGCACCAACAUCCCUGGUCAAGGCGCUAGACGAGUACCUGAACGACCCCAACUUUGAAGAAAACCGCCUUGAGUACAAGAAGAGCCUGGGAGUCGUCGAGGCGCGCCCCGGAGACAAGUCGUCUGCGGGUGGCAAGAGGGGCGAUAAGAAGGGCGACAAGAAGGCGGAGAGCAGCAAAUCGGCACCGACGACUGCGCCUCCCGCGCCCGUCGCCAACGCGCAGGCCAAGAUUCAGGACUUCCUCGAGUCGAUUGAGAACGAGCAGGCCCACUCGCCCACGUCGCCCGUCGCGGGCAGCAGUUCAAUAAACUCGGUCAACAUGGGCGGCAUGGGGAUGGGGAUGGGGAUGGGCCAGUUCGGCCAGAUGCCCAUGGGCCAGAUGGGUCCGAUGGGGUCGAUGUCCACCAUUGGAUCCAUGGGCGGUCAAAUGCCUAUGCAGAUGCAGAUGACAGGCAUGGCCAACCCGUUCCGCCAGAGCACUAUGUUCCCCCAGCAGACGGGCUUCAUGGCACCGCAGAUGACCGGCUUCCCCAAUUCGCAAGGCUUUAUGCAACAGCCGCAGCAGCAGGGCAGCUUCCUCCAGCCGCAGACCACGGGCUUCCUCCAGCCAUCGCUCUCGGGCAGUGGGAACCCUAUGUUCCAGGCACAGCGCCAGUCAACGUUCCCGCUCGCGUCCACCUCGCAGCCGUUCGGCCAGAUGGCCGGCGAUGGCAAGCAGUCGUCUCUGCUCGCGCAGCCAAACCAGAACAACCCCUUCCCCUCGUCUCUCCAACCCCAACAGACCGGCUUCUUGCAACCGCAGACGACUGGCUCGAACCCGUUCCGCCAUUCUACCAUGCCGCAGGCUACGGGCAUGGCGAGCAACGCGAUGAUGGGCAUGGGCGGCUCGGGCAUGGUUGGCAUGGGUGGAAUGGGGGGUAUGGGCAUGAGCCACGCGGGCGGAAUGGGUGGCAUGGGCAUGUCCGGCGCAUUCUCUCAGCCCGCAACGCCGUUCGGUCAGCCCAACCUGACGGGUGACAAUCGACCCAGCUCAACACCCAACGUGCUCAGCAGCGCUGUCCGAACGGAUUCGCCCAAACCGCUCACGGCGCAGAAGACGGGUUCGAACAACCCCUUCGCCCCGCCAGGCGGUAUUUCGCAGCCAGCCCCACCCAUGCCCCACCAGCCGAACAUGAACGAGAUGGCGCACCAGCGUUUCCAGGCUCAGUUUGCGGCGGCGGGUGGCCUCAACCCACAACAGCAGAUGGCUCAGCAACAGGCACAGCCUCAGCAGCAGCCGAACAACGACCCGUGGAACUUUGAUCCUCUCUCUUCGUCCUCAUCCGCAGCGGCAAAGCCCAGCUCGGCGAUGGGCGACAUUGCGAGCGCGUUCGCAAUGGACAAGCAGCCGGGCCAGGACGACUUCUUCUCCCAGUUCAACUCGCUUUCUGUCAUGGAUUCGAACGCAAACGUAAACUCUGGGUCGGGCGGCUUCCUCCAGCCCCAACGUACUGGUGUCGGAGGCAGCGCGGUCAAGCCGUUCAAGCCGACGAGCAGCUUCGGUGCGCAACUUGAGCAAAGCCUUCCUCCUAUCCCGGAACCCGGAGGCGUGACGUCGCCCGGCGCGAACGGCAUUGGCAACCAGGCGACGGGGUUCCCGUUCAAUUCUGGCGCGGGACCCAGCUCUCCUGGCACAGGCGGUGCGACUCUCAGCGCCCAGGCCACUGGCUUCCCCUUCUCCGCUGGUCUCAGUACGCUAUCGACCGGCUUUCCCAGCGGGCUCGGCGCUCAGUCGCCCGGCUCAGCGCAGUCCCCCACCGCUGGUGUCCCCGCCCAGUCAACCGGCUUCCCCUUCGGCGGACUCCACGCGCAGCCCACCGGCUUCCAGCCAACCAGCUCGUUUGGGCAGCAGCUGGCAGCGCAGCACACUCAGAACCCUGGCCCGCAGCUGCAGCGUCAGAACACGGGCAGCAACCCGUUCCGCGGGGUGGGCGGACCCGGCGUUCCGGGCUCGGGACCGUUCGGCGCAGGCUCGCCGUUCGCGGGUCAGAACAUGUUUGGCGCCGGCCAGCAGCAGCAGCAGCAACAGGCGAGCCUGUUUUAA